UUGUUAUAAUUAUAAAUUCAUUGUCAUAAGUGUUACAAUUAUAAAUUCAUUGUCAUUUCUCUGAUGUACUCUUUAAUUAUUUGACAGGACAGAUUAAAUUUUAUGCAAAUUUUUAUAAUAAAGAUAAAAACUUUAAAGAACUGAAUCUGUUCUAAAUGCAGAUUUAGUGCUUUGGUGAUGUGCAAAACUUACUAUACACGCGACGAAAGAUAAUUGUGAUCUAAUUAAUUUUCUGUGUUAGUUUGCGACUAUUUUAAUAAGUACCUUCAACAUUGAAUUAUUGAUAUCGAGUAAUCAAAAAUACUAGAAUGUGCAUCGCGGCAUUAAAAUAUAAAAUUGAGCGGAUGUGAAUAUCUCUGAUUGGGGUGUUUUUAUUUGUUAAAAUAAAUUUUUGAGAAGCAAAAAAUGGAUGUGACAGAAAAACGCCGGUUUGAUUUGAUCGAUGCAGUUGUGUUCAUCAGUUUGCUAGGCGUUUCUGCCCUCGUAGGCAUCUACCAGUAUUAUGCAUCCAGGAAAAAGGCAGAUGCUGUGGGAGAGUACCUUGUAGGAGGCCAAAAAAUGUCUGUAUUCCCGAUAAGCAUGUCAUUGAUAGCAAGUUACGUGUCGGGUAUAGCGAUGUUGGGACUAGCAGCCGAAAUGUACGUUUACGGUACGCAAUUAUGGUGCGUCGUGAUUGCGGACACUUUUGUGUCUCUUACAAUGGUAGUCGUAUACCUGCCGGUUUUUUAUGGACUCCGAAUUACAUCAUCUUACGAGUAUCUAGAAUUGAGAUUCAAUCGAGUGGUCAGACUCAUGGGAUCUGUUAUUUUCAUUAUCAAAAUGCUGCUUUACAUACCGAUGGUGAUAUACGUGCCGGCGCUAGCCUUCAAUCAGGCGACCGGAAUGGACCUUUACACGAUCGCGAUGCUGGUUUGCGCCGUAUGCAUUUUCUACACGACACUAGGUGGCUUGAAAGCAGUCGUUUGGACAGAUACCAUUCAGACAGCGAUGAUGUUCGGCGCCGCUAUUGCCGUUGCUAUACUUGGUACAGCGAGAGUCGGUGGUGUGGCGGAAGUGUGGAAAAGGAAUGUUGAUUCUGGGAGAAUCGAAUUCUUCAAUAUGGAUCCGGAUCCCACAAUAAGACACACUUUCUGGACCGUGGUGGUCGGCAAUUAUUUAAACUGGUUGGCCACAUGCUCGGUCAACCAGGCGAUGGUGCAGAGAUGUUUAGCAAUGCCAAAUUUAAGGAAAUCUAACGUGGCGAUUAUGAUAAUGGCCGUAGGCAUAGUCAGCAUUGUCUCGUUAUGUUGCUACACGGGAGUCGUCAUCUAUGCGGCCUUCUACGACUGUGAUCCUGUUACGACAAAGCAAGUACGAAAACCUGAUCAGCUGUUACCAUACUUCGUGAUGGAAUUGUCACACACAAUACCAGGCUUGCCAGGAUUAUUUGUUUCUGGUGUAUUCAGUGCAGCGUUAAGCACAAUGUCGACCGGAUUGAAUUCCAUGGCGGGUGUGAUCUACGAAGACAUGAUUAAGCCGUGCCUCCGUAAACCGAUCUCCAACGUUGGCGCAAGCCGCAUAAUGAAAGCCACGGUUGUAAUAAUAGGAGCCAUUUGCGUGGGCCUCGUCUUCAUGGUAGAGAAACUGAGCGGUCUAAUCCAGGCUGGCAAGAGCUUGUCCGGAAUAACUGCUGGACCUUUACUGGGAAUGUUUACAUUGGGCAUGUUCUUUCCAAUGGCUAAUUCUAGGGGAGCACUCGUCGGUGCACUAAUUAGUCUGCACUUGGUUGCUUGGAUUUCAUUUGGUUCACAAGCGGCGAUUUCCAAUGGAUUGAUCUAUUUCCCAGAGAAACCAGUAUCAGUAGAGGGAUGCUCCGAAUUGCUGAAAAGUACUGCCGGAAAUCUGACGAGGGUAGUCGUCGAGACUGUCAGAGAACAACCCUUCUUUUUAUACAGAAUGUCGUAUCUCUGGUAUACGUGGGUAGGUUUUUUAACUACAAUCUUGGUAGGUUUGUUAGUCUCAUGGUUCACUGGACCAUCUAAAUACAAUCGCACUGACAAAAGAUUAUUUACACCCAUUAUACACGGUCUUCUAAGCUCGAAGAAUCCUCAGAAAACGAAUGAGGCUGAACUCGUAAGAAUAACUAAUGAUGUAAGCAAUAUAACACAAACUUCUCCCAAAUAUUAACGAUCGUUUUUCUACUUCAGUUUAACUGAAUAAAAUGUAUUCAUGUUUAUACAAAUUUAAUUUGUAUUCAAUUUUAAUAUUUUUGUGAAUUCACACAGCUCAAUAUUUUAUCAAAAUUAAAUUACACUAUGACUCGCAAUUAUUUGGCGAUAUAAAUAAUGCAGGUAUAUUAUGUAAUUAGUUAAUGAUUUAAUUUUUUCAUAGUGUACCCUGUUAUCAAUCAUAAUGAUACAAAAUUGAUUUUCUCGAAUAUAUCUCAUUAAACGCACACGCGUAAAUUAAUUUUAUAUAGGGUGAUCCACCUAAAGUUUAACAAUUUAAUAUCCGGAAAAUUACGCAAUUAAUUUUAAUCGUAUUCGUCACAAAUCUCAAUGAUCCGAUUUACAAGUUUCUGAAAUCUAAAAUUUGGAUUAAAAUGAUUAAAAUUAAUCGUGUAAUCCUCUGGAUAUUAAGUUUUACUUGUAUAAAAUAUUAUUCACACAAACUUAGAUAGUAAAAUAAAUUUGCCGACAUGAUUUCAUAUGCAUUACAUAUUAUCUAUUUAAUUUAAUUAGGCCCAUAAUAAUAUACAAAGUGAAUGAACGCUAGAUGUUAAUUUUUGCAUGACUACUUGUAUAUCAUAUCUCUUCAAGAAUGAUUUUUUUGUGCAAUCAAAUAUUUUUCAAGCAAUAGAUAAUGUUUGAAUUUGUUAUAAAAUGCAUUUAUGUAAAAUUUAUCAGAAUAUCUGGCAGUUAAACGUAAAUACAACAAUCAUACUUGUUGGUCUUACAUACAAUUCUUAUAUAUUAGAGUAUGCAUAUCAUAUAUGAACAUAUAUAUCUCAUUAAAUUUUGUAUAUCUUAUGUCUUGUUCGUACAAAAACACUUUUGAUUUGUAUAAACUUGUUGUCAACACUAUUAGCCGACAGUCUUAAACUUCAAGAAAACAAAUGAAUACUUAUUAAAUUUAAAUUAUACUGUAAUUGUAAUUACUAGAUCUAGAUCUUGCCAUAAGCAUCUAUACAAUAUUUACAAUUAUAAUGUAUAUGAAUUUCAAAUCGAUGAUAUACUUAUUACUAGUUCUCACAGCACGAUUUAUGAAAUAAUAUGUAGGUGGCAUAGCCAUUAUCAUGAAAAAAUAUAGAACAAUUCAUGGAAA